GCCUACGUCUCCUCGUCCAGGCUGCCGCCGCUGGUCUGCAAGCUGCAGAAGUGGGACCCCGAGAAGCUGUGCCGGGGCAUCGACGUGGUCCGGUGCCGCAAGAACGGGCUGGCCAAUGCCCGCUUCCCGCUGCCGGUUUUCUGCCCUUUGGACAGCUUGCAGGAGGCACGGGAGGGACACCUGGCGGACCUGACCUACGUGAGGCUCCGCAAGGACAGCCGAGUGGCGCUCCUGAGCCGCCUGCCCUACGUGGGCCAGGGCUGGUAUGCCAAGCCCGCCGUGGCCUGCAUGCUGGACACCGGCAUCGCCACCUGGCAGGAUUUCCUUUCAAGCCUGGACGCCACGGCACACGUGCAGCCGAGCUGCCUGGCCUGGGCCCUGCGCAAGAUGGAGGAGGCCUGGGGGGAGGAGCAUCUGGCCAAACGGAGCGUCAACGCGCUCCAAGGGUUGUGGGCCCGCAACGCGGACCUGGUGUACCUGAUGCGCACCUCGAACAACCAGCUGGACGGGCACGGCUGCCAGUACCGGCAGACCUUCGCCACGCCGCCGGCCGGCCUGGGACUUCGUGAUGGCCGCGGAGUACUGCGCCGUGGCGGAGAUCCGCCGGCAGCUGGCCGAGGUGCCGAUGCGCUAUACUUCAAGUUCAUCAAGACGGACUGCGUGGGCUUUCAAGGAUUGCCGCGGAAGCACCAACCCCUCGUGGAGCGGCUGCUGCGCAAGAGGCACCCCGACGGGACGCUUGUGUACCGCGGCGAUGCCGUGGACCCGCUGCUGGGGGAGCACCGCGAGCCCGAGAUCGACGGAAGGCCCCCUGCGCCUGUCGGCUGGGAGGCCGUCGAGGAUCCCGUGGAGCACUGCCUCAAGGGCUGCAGCCUGCUGCUGACGGGCUUGCCCGGCACCGGUAAGACGCACUUGGCGAGGCGGAUCGUGGCGCAGCUGCGGGAGGCAGGGGAUCUGGUGCAGCUGGUUUCCAAGACCCACAGCGCCGCCCAGAACCUGGAUCUGGGAGCGCAAACGGCGGACCAUUGGGUGCGGCGAACGGUCCGCAACGGCAGGUGCCGGCUGGACUGGCUGGUGGUCGAAGAGGUGACGCAGCUGGACGCCGGCCUCUGGGCCGACAUAGCCUGCGUCUCCAUGGACCGCUCCGUGCGGUUUCUGCUCAUGGGCGAUUUUCGACAGCUUCCCGCCGUGCUGGACAGCUUCGCGGGCUCGCGAGUGGAGCGGCCCUUGAAGGACAGCGACCUGCUGCGUGAUCUGGCCUCCGGCUACUGCCAUGAGCUGACGGAGAACCGCCGGAGCGACGAGCGCAUCUUCCGCUUCAUCGGGUGGCUGCGGGUCGGCGACGCCGAGGAGGUGCCCUUGGCCGAGGCGGUCAGAGUCGCGCGGGAGUUCCCCAGGGGGCGGGAGAACAGGCGCCUGGCGCCCGAAGGCGCGGUUCUGAUCGAGCACAGGGACUCUGGCGCGCCCACCACGAAUUCGCCGCAGACCAUGAGGGUCUGGGCAGGCUUGAAGCUGGUGGGGGCCGGCGGCAAGGUGCCCCGCGGCGUCUUCGUGACCGUCGCGGAGGCGGGCCUGGAGAAGGUCACUUUGGACGGAGGCCAGCAGUUCUCGCACUCGGAGCUGCUGCGGCACACGCGGCUGUGCCACGCGAUCACCUAUGCCAGCUGCCAGGGCCUGACCCUGCGCGGCCGGGUGUGGCUCCUGGACUGGGGCACGCAGCACUUCAACCUGCGGCACCUCUACGCGGGGGCGA